AGCUGGGCAAGGCCGGCAGUGCCGGUAGCCAGCGGGGAGGGAGGGAAAGAGGGAGCCAAGUUCGGGGUUCUUUUUCCUUUUUUAUCCCUUCCCUGCUUGAGUCAGAGGCUGAAGUCACCGGCAGGAGCACUGCGAAGCUUUUCCCCCAUCCCGGGGAGUCUGUCUGCCCCUAAAAGGAUGUGCUGACCCCCGUGAGUGGGAUUUUGGGGGAGCAGAGCCACACAAGACCAGGAACUCAUCACACAGAAUCAGCCUCUGACCUGGCCCUUCCACAGCUUCAGCAAUGUUGCCAGGGAAAGCAGAGAAGAGAAUUGCUUCGUCCAUCUUCAUCACCCUCAUGCCACCGCGGAGGGACGUGGCCACCACGGAGAGAGCCCAGCGGGGGCUGCAGCCGGAUGGUGCCGAGGUCCCCGGCACCCACCGGCCCCAGGUCCUGCCGUGUCCCCCCACACUGCCCAACGGAGAAACCCACCCAGUGGCCCCUGUACCUUCAUCCUCACCAGUCCUCCCCCUCUCUGAAGUGCCUCAGCCCUUGUCCAUGGAGGUGCUGGGUCUGGCACUGCAGCAACUGGACCUGGCAGCACCUGCCACCCUCCAGGCCCCUUCCACCUCCCCUGCUGGCUUGAAGCAGCCCACAUUCCGCCAGGAGCGAGCAGGCCAGUGGCAGGAUGCGAAUGGGUACCCGGAGAGGGACAGCUCCAGAGACAUCUGUGCCUUCUGCCACAAAGCGCUGGGGCCCCGGGAGCCGACGGUGGAGGCGAUGCGGAAGCAGUACCACCCCGACUGCUUCACCUGCCGCACGUGCCACCGACUCCUGGCUGGGCAGCGCUACUUCCAGAGAGAGGGGUGUCCCACCUGUGACACCUGCUUCCAGGCCACGCUGGAGAAAUGUGCCAAGUGCCAGGGGCUGAUCACGGAGCACAUUGUCCGUGCCCUGGGCAAGGGCUACCACCCCGGCUGCUUCUCCUGUGCCGCCUGUGGCCAGGCCAUCGGCACCGAGAGCUUCGCCGUGGACGAGCAGGGUGACGUGUACUGCGUGCCCGACUUCUACAGCAGGAGAUACGCCGCGGUGUGCGGCGCCUGUGAGCGCCCCAUAGUCCCCUGCGAGGAUGAGGACACUUACAAGAUCGAGUGCCUGGGACGCAGCUUCCACGAGAGCUGCUACUGCUGCGAGAGCUGCAGGAUGCCCCUGUCGCCGGAGCUGACCGAGAACAGCUGCUACCCCCUGGAUGACCACCUCCUCUGCAAAUCCUGCCACCUCCGCUGGCGCAGCGAGUCAUCCUGCUGAGACCCUGCAGCUCAACAGCCUCUUCCAGAGCACCAAAAAGGGGGUGCCCCCAGUGGGCUGCACCCCAUGGCUGAGCCUGUGUGCACCCCGAAAUUACUGCAGAGCUGGGUUUUCAUGGCUAAAAUAUCCCCAGGACCCUGAGCCAGCGGAGAUUUGUGGAUGUGUCCCAGCACAGCUCUGCACUCAUGAUGAAUAUAAAAUGCCCUGACAGAGCAGCAAUGAGGAAUUGAGGUUUACUCCUUAUUUCUUUUUUAAAACUCCUUUUUCAAGGCCAGUUUUGGUUUUCUUGGGUGGUGUUUCUUUCUUCUCAAGCUCCCUUGGGGUUUCACUGAAAUGUUUUUCUGUGUGGAGAGCAGGCACUGAUUCAGUUACUCAUAGUUAAAUAAAACCCCGAGUUUAAAAACUUUCAUUCCUUUCGUCCACCCUGCAUUCCAAACCUGUCAAAUCCAAGUUUAAAACUAAGGAAGAAAAGGUGGUUUUGGAUUUUCUAGGUGUGGCAAGAGUCGGGUCACUGGGGUCCAUAACAGCUGAUUUUAGGGUGUAGCGAUGUGGGAGAUGCUGUUUUUUGGGGUGGAUAUGGGAUCCGGCGUGUUUCGUGGUGUUGAUAAAAGGGGUUUUGGUGUGCUUUGGGGUUUUUUUGUUGAUUAUCUAUCCCGGAGCCGGCAGAGGGCAGCCGGAGCACAAAUUCCUCCUUCAGGCAGCAGAACUCCAGCUGAAAGCAUCGUGCAGGGCGGGGACGCUGGGGAAGAUGGACAGCCCUCUUUCUGCAGUUACCUGGGAUUAUAUUGCUCUGCCACUGGAAGCUCUUUGAUCUCCUCCCAGUCCAGGCCUCAAACCAGCAGAAAUGAGAGCAUUUCUCUGCAUGCCCAACAUCUGCACAGCCGAUGUUGCUGCUGCUUUGUGGGUUUGUUUGCAAGGGCAUUGCAAAUCUUACUUUCUUUUUAACCGAAAGUGUUUAAAAAGCCACAAAUCAAGAGCAGAAAAUAGCAAGAGCCUGUGAGAUGAUGUUUAAUGCUUUCCUGAUGGAAAAUGGGAGCUGUAAACAAAGAAAACAACCACCAGACCAGCUGUUCCUGGAUCACGUACAACAUCUCUGGCAUGUGCUGUGUUUAUGAGUGAAGGGGUUAACGAUGGUUAAUUAAUCACAUCAAUAACUAUUUCCUGAUGACUCUUCCCCGUCUACAAAGCUGGUUACUCAGUGUUGGUUAACGAGCAUCUCCGGGCCACCAAUCAGGCAGCCUUGGAGAAGGUCCUGGAAAGCAAGGAGAAAGGAAAGGCGCUGCUGGGGAGUUUAGCAGCAUGGUGAAGGGAUAUGUGGUGAGGUCAGAUUUGGUGGUUUUUCAGGAGUGGAAUGUGACAAGGGACAGGGAUACACGGACACAGGUAAGAGGACAGAAAGGUUCGUUUAAUCCGUCCUCUUCCCGGAUGAAGGGAAAAGCACUAUCAGCCAAGGUGUGGGGAGCAUUGCUUUGCCUGGAAAGCACAGCCUCGUGUUUUCCCUUGGGGGAGCUGAGGGAAUUUUGAGCUGCAUGCAGGAGAUCCUGCAGGAGCUGGAUCCUGUCCCGCUGCCGAGCAAACCCAGAGCGGCUGCGAUGGCUCAGCCUGUCCUUGGGCUCCUCGCCCUGUCACGAGCACUUCUGCAAACACCCAGCUCUGCAAAAAUAAACCAACCACACAUCCUGCCCUGGAAAAGAACAUUUCGGGGGGCUGGGCUCCAAAGCCUUGUGGAGCCCCCCUGGGACCACCCAGGGGUAAAACCCACUCCAAGUCCCUCCUCUUGUCCCUGUGGCAGUGCCAAAGGACGGAGAGGAUGGCAGCGCUCCGAACGGCUCCAGCCCUUCCCUUGGCUGCUGCAAUAUGCCCGUCAGCUCUUGCAAUCCCUCUUGGCAGGCUGAGGGGAGCGGGAAGGACCUGGCUGCCUUCCAAGGCGCAGCAAAUGCAAAUAUUUCCUCACUUCAGCCUGGGUGCGGCCCGCGUAUGAAAUUUCCUCAGGCUUUCCCAGCGAAGGCAUCCGAUCUCUCCAUCCCUUGCUCGCCUGCGAGGCCAACUUGCUCCUAGGAAUACAACGGUUAAUGGCAGUCGCAUCCCAGCCAGCUCCCUGCAGCGGUGUUCUUCCCCACAGAGCAUUCAGACCUAUUUUCUGCAGUUUCCUUUGACACAGCCUAAAAAAAAUUAUAUUUCUUAAAUGAAAAGCAGUCUGAUCCUGCUGAUUCUGGGAGAGGUAAAAGCCAGCAGGGAUUACAACAGGAACAGCGCAAGCCUGGAUUUCUCCAGCUCAUGCAGCACAGGGGUUGAAGCCGCCAUCUCCCGGUCUCCUCACGAUAUGGAAAAUCCCCAAAAGCGCUUAGGGAGGAAAGAAACCAACCAACCAACAAAAAAAAAAAAAAAAAAAAAAAAAGCCCGAGGAUUGAUUUAUCAUCAGAGCCGGAGUGGUAUGGGAAGAAACCAUCGCUGCUCGCCACGACAGCUUGCCCACCAUUCGCUUAAUUAAAAUCAUACAUUGGUGUGAUCAGACGUGGUAAUGCCAUUAAAAAAAACCAAACAACCAAAUCCCGUAACAUUCACAUUCUCGUUGUUGGAGGCUGUAGCCAAGUCCAUGAUGGAAGCUUAUGCCUGAAUGUUUUAUUUGUUCCACAGAGAUGUAGAUUUUUCCUUGGGAGAUUUGGGAAGGAUUAUUUUUUAAUGAAAAAGAGGAAAAAAAUAUACCACCGGAAAAAAAACAAACAACCCAAACAAAACAAACAAAAAGAAACGAAAAGGAAAAAAAAGCACAACAAAACCAAACCGCAGUAAGUGAAGCUGCAAAUACAACCGAGUAGUCCGGAUCAGAUAAUUCAUUGCACAAAGAAAGGUAAAAUGGAGCUGCAAUGGCCGGCUUUGCUGUACAUCCAGGAGGAGGGAUCAGCUCCUUUAUCCCAACCAUCGAGCGCUACAAACACCACCAUUUUUUUUUUCUCUCUUUCUUUCUUUUUUUUUUUUUUUAAUCUGCUUUGUUGGGGCGUUUUGUUUCGAGCCGAGGCAGCUGCACCGCCACCCGAGCCGGGGCUGCCAGAGCCGCUCGGGGGCUUCACUUUUACAGAGAUCUCUGAUUUUUCCCCGGCCUUGUGCAAUCCUCUCCCUUUUAUUAUUACGGGUUUGUUUUUUUUUUUCCCCUCUCCCCUCUGCGGGUGUAAAGGUUUCUCUCCUCUCUCCAGCUUGGCUGCUGAUUCCAGAAGUUUCCGCGGGGGCGGGGAGCCCCCACUGCGGCGUCUUUGCCGCAGCGCCGGGCAGGAGGAGGAGGAGGAGGAUGCGGAGGAUGCGCCACCUCUCCCUGGCUGGGAGCCUCAUUCCAAGCCGCUCCCCCUUGCUCCGUUCCCCCAGCCUUGAAAACAGAGCGCUGGGAGGUGUUUGCAGCUUGGAGGGGCUUUGUGGGUUUUUAAAUUUUUGAAUUUUUUUUUUUUUUUCUGAAUAAAUGGGAAGCAGAGCUGUCGCUGAUGGAGAUGGAUGAGGCAGGGCUGGCAGCGCCGAAGCCCUACUCCGGCGUGGCCAUGGCACCGAUGGCAUAAGUGACCUUUCCCAGGCGGAGAGAGGGGGGAUUCCCCCCCUGCCCCAGCAUGCUCCUGCUCGGAAUUCAUUUUAAAUAGCAGGCGUAUUAUUUUUUACUUUCCUUCCCCCCUCCCAUUUCUCCUUCACUGUGUUUUUUUUGGUUUUUUUUUUCCGAAGCUUCCUCAUGAUCUUUUUUUUUUUUUUUCCUGUGUGUUUUGAAUUGCGUUUUAAAAUUGCCCAGCUGGAAACAAGGCUUGAUUAGAGCUGAAACAAUAGCUCCCUUUUAUUAAUAACGGGAAGGAUUUACAAUCAUACAGCACCUUCCUUGGAAAGCUUUCCAAACCAUUUGCAAACACUCACAAAUUUAAGAUUGUGCAGCCCUUGGCUGUGAGGUGGGUAAGUAUUUAAUGGUGCCACCAUGCAAAAUUACCUUGGUGGCAAACCUCAAUUUCUGAGUGCUUAAAAAGAUGACAAAUUUGGUUUGGUGUUUUUUUUUGGUGGGGUGGGGUGUGGGUCUGGCUCAAAGCUAUUACCUAAAUCUGUAGAUGCAGAGUAUUUCGCUGUGUUCUGGGAACUGGGCUGUUGUGCCUCCAAACCAUGCAGCUUUCCCGAGCCGAGCUGUGGAUUUGCUGCAUGUCAGUAAACAUCUGCUUAUGGAUUCUUUCUCUAAUUUUUUUUUUUUAAUCCAUUCCCUUUUUGCAGUCCCUAAGUGACCUCCUGCAGCACUGCCUCCACUGCGGUUCCACCACAGCUUUGCCCUGGAGCACAGAUGUGUGUCCCUGUGAGCCAGAGUGACCUUGCUGGGGGGACUGGGCCCACUGAGCCAUUCAGCUGCUCUGCUUUGACCCCAAAUCUCUGCACCCCGUUUUUUCCCAGCACAUCCCCUCACCCGGGGGGAUGCUGCAGUUAUGGGUUAAAGCUGUUUCAUGCCUUGUUUUUCUCUGUUGUUUUUUGUUGAUAUUUUUUGUUUGUUUCUUUCUUUUAUUUCCAAGGGAAACAAUGUAUUGUUUAUGUAACCCCUCUCCACAGCAGAUUCCUGCAUACCACACAGGGAUCCAGGAAUCACCCAGGCAGUGCAAUCUGGCCUUGCCAGAAGCAUGAGGGACAAGGCUCCAGCCACGUCUGCGUGUGUCACACAUAGGCUACACAAACCCGCAGUGUUCUGUGGUUACUCCUGUCUGCAGAGUAGGAGUGGGUCCCAGGGCUUCCCCUUCCCACUGCUUGCUGGUUCACAAAGGCUGAUGCUUCUGGAAAAAGCUCUGCCUUGUGGCUUUUAAAAUAAAUAAAUAAAGCAGCGCUGCUGUGGAUUAGUCAUCCUUAUUUUUGAAGGAAGUUGUUUGCCAGCGCUGUCCAUAUCACGCAUGUGCGUGUGAGAUGGGAACUCCAGAAGGCUGGUAGCGUGCUCUGCUCGCUGCUCCUUGGAGCUCAGCCACCUGGGCUUCGUUGAGCUGCUCCUGGCAGGUGGAAAAACUGACAGUCCAGCUUUCCAGACCUUUCCCUCCUUUUUUUCCAGUGCUGGAAUCUGCAUUGGCAGGUGUGCAAAUGUGGAGACUGUAACAGCAGCAAGUGAGGAUGGAUGAGCUGUUUUCUGGGGUCACAUCCAACUCCAGAGAAGAAACCCUGGUAAUUUAUAAUUUUUGUCUUAUCUCUAGUAGGUUUUACUCUGAGCUUCGCUGUGUCUUGUGAGAAGACUGAGUUUGACCCUUUUGGCUACUAAAAAUGGUCCUGUUUUUAAACCUUGGUACUUUUCCCCUUCCUUGUGGUUGUGUAGAAGAGCAAGUGGUGCAAUUAAACAGUACAGCAAAGGGCAGCUCCCUCCCCCUGUCCCUUUCAAAAAAUCCAAAGUUGUGUGUCUUGAACUGCUGCAUAGGCAGAAAACAUACAAAGCCCUUGUCAGCAUUGUGCUGAUGUGUGGCACGUUAAAAAAAUACACACAAAGGGGGUGGGGAGAGCGGGUGCCUCCAGGGAGCAAAACUGUGGGGCCCCUUUCCCUCCAAGCCUACAGACCUAUGUGGGAUAGUCUAUUCCUCAUCAUGUUGCUCAGGCAGAGCCAGUGGAGGUCGGAGGGAGCACUGAACAUCUUAAAUGGUGUUGAGGAAGAUCAGGGUGCCCUUGAAUUACAUGUUUUUUUUAUAUGUGAACUUGCUCCUGCAAGAUGCAGCUGGUUUAUUACUCCAUUCCUCAAAGCUGGGAAGAAGGGAAACACUUCCUGACUGGGUGUAAUUUCUUUUGUUGUGUUGCAAAGGUGGCAAAAAGCACCUGGUGCUGGUCUCUGCCAGGUCACACCCGACUUGGAGGCACGGCUUCCUGCAGUCAUUAGUGCACAGGGAGUGCUGGGGGUCCUUAGCCAACCUUAAUGAGGAUAUUGCAUCGGGAUUCCAUGGAUGCCACGGGCUGACCCAGCCCUGGAGAUUCCUCUUACAAGAAAUGAUUUCACUGACUGGUUGCUGCAAGGAUUUCUAGCACAGCUAUGACUUUAUCCCUCUUUUUUGGCUAAAAUUAAGUGCAGGGUGGGGAUGAGGCCAGAUUUCACACCCUGCUCCCUGUGGUAGGUGUGUGAACAGUGGCUGUAGCUCCUGUGCCUAAAGCCUUGUUUGGAAUAAGCCAGUGUGGACAGGGAUUUGGAUUUUAUUCCCUCAUCAGGGCUCUGUUGGUUUGGAGAUGCACCUUGUGCUCUUAGGCCUUUGCUGGCAAGGAGGUUCGGAGGAGCAAGAAGCUGCCUGUUGGGAUGAUUCCAUGUUUUUUGGGCUGGCACACCCUCUGGAACUCUAAAUUACUUUCCUUUGGCAGUUUAGGAUAAAUGACAGAAUUGCCUUAUGAGUGCUGAACUUUUACCACCCUGAAGAAUUACUUGAGCUACAUCCGUGAUAUUUCCAAGCUAAACAAAACCUGAAUUUCCAGUGCCAAAAAGCGACACGAACGUCCACUCCUCCUCUGUACAGGAGAAAACCAUGGCCUUUCAAGCUUUGCUUUUAGCUCAAAGAGUUAAAAAGCUGUGCUAUGAGAUCUGCAGAGGUGAAAAUAAAAGCCAAAGGCAGACAAGAAACUUCUCCCAUGCGGUGUUGGAGGACAGGCUUUGGAGUGCAGCAGGUAUUGAUGAACAAAUAUUUCCUUUGUCCAAUGACAUUUCCUGUGUCAUUUCUGAUGUUUUCUUUUUCCCCUGGGCAUUGCACACAGGUAAAGAUCACACCUGGAUGAAGAGUUAAUACAACAAUUAGGUGUUAAAAAUGGCAAAGUAUAGGAUUUGGUCAUCUAACCAGUCCCAGGGGAUUUAUAUCCUUUGCAGUUGUCCUGUUUGGGUAUCCAAUCAUAUGGAACUGUCUUUUUUUAUGUUUGUUUUCUUUGGUUUUCCCUUAAAAUGUAAUCUUUUGCAGCCUGGAAGGCCAUAGUCCUGUGAAAGCCCUGUGUUUGGGGAGAACCCCUGUGAGGUGAGCAGACACAGCUCUCUCUGUCUGUAUCCUCCCUGGCACUGUGGAUAAGAACACCGCACGGAAGAGCGUCAGAAAAUAAAUUACUAAAUACUGCAUUUCAAAAAUCUGAAGGGAGUUUUCUGCACAGAGUCAUCUCAUCAGGAAGAUUUGGAGUACUAACCCUCAAAAAGAACCAAAAUCAAGAGCUUUAUUAAUAUAAAUCCUGUGCUUUGUGUGGGUUAAGGCUCCAGAACCCGGCUCUGUGCUCCAAGUGUUUUCAGCUCCUGAGCCGAUAGCCUCUGUCUUGGCAACAAAUGGACCUAAAUAUCAAACAGCACCAAUUCUUUGUUGGAGAAAGCAAGCAUAAAGCAGAAUGGGUAAGCUAUAAAAUUAGGCCAAUAAUUCAGGCUGUCUUAAAAAGGAGAUAAAAGCCUAGCUGGGAAUUUGA